UUCGAACGGAAAUUCAUUUUUCCCCGGAAAUUUUUCGAAACUUUAACCCUCCCUCCAACGGGUCCUCCUCUCUCUCUCUAAACUAAUCAUCAAUUCUAGUGAGAGAAAGUGACGAAGCCGUCAUCGGAAUCUGAGCUCUCCACGCCACCGAAUCUCCAGCGAUGGAGUGUGAUGGAGGUCCAUUUGAGGGAAUAAUCCGAGAUGUUAAGAAUAGAAGCAAAUGUUACAAGGAAGAUUGGGUUCGUGGUAUACGUACUGGGAUAAGGAUUCUGGCUCCAAGUAGCUAUAUUUUCUUUGCCUCUGCUCUUCCUGUUGUUGCCUUUGGGGAGCAGUUAAGUAAACAUACAGGUGGGGCUUUGAGCACGGUGGAAACAUUAGCUUCUACUUCAAUUUGCGGGAUCAUACACUCAGUUUUUGGUGGACAGCCAUUGUUGAUACUUGGAGUUGCGGAACCAACCAUCAUUAUGUACACCUAUCUCUACAAUUUUAGCAUAGCAAAGCCAGAAAUUGGUCAUAAGCUCUACUUGGCUUGGGUGGCAUGGGUUUGUGUUUGGACUGCAGUCUUGCUUAUUCUUCUUGCAAUAUUUAAUGCAUGCACAAUCAUCACAAGAUUUACUAGGAUUGCGGGGGAACUCUUUGGCAUGUUGAUUGUUGUUCUAUUCUUUCAAGAGGCUGUUAAGGGGUUGAUAGGUGAAUUUAAUGCUCCUGAAGGUGCAGACCUCAAAUUAGGCAGGAAUCAUUUCCACUGGUUGUAUGUAAAUGGUUUGCUAGCGGUAAUUUUCUCGAUCGGCUUUAUAGUCACGACACUUAAAAGCAGAAGGGCCAAAUCAUGGAAAUAUGGGUUUGGGUGGCUCCGAAGUUUCAUUGGAGAUUAUGGGGUUCCCCUUAUGGUCUUGUUCUGGACCGUGUUGUCAUAUGCACUUCCUAGCAAAGUUCCUCCAAGUGUCCCUCGAAGGCUCUUCUGCCCUCUUCCAUGGGAACCAGCGUCCUUGUACCAUUGGACUGUAGUCAAGGAUAUGGGGAAGGUACCGGUUUUCUACAUCUUUGUCGCCGUUAUACCUGCUGUGAUGAUAGCAGGCCUGUACUUCUUCGACCAUAGUGUAGCUUCACAAAUGGCACAGCAGAAAGAGUUUAAUCUCAAAAACCCAUCUGCUUAUCACUAUGACAUCUUUUUGCUGGGAAUUAUGACUUUGAUCUGUGGGUUGCUUGGGCUUCCUCCUUCAAAUGGUGUUAUCCCGCAGGCUCCAAUGCACACAAAGAGCCUUGCAGUUCUCAAUCGACAGCUGAUCCGUAAGAAAAUGGUGGAAAGUGCAAAGGAGGGCAUGAAGAUGAAUGCUACCAACUCACAAAUCUACGGUAGAAUGCAAGCAGUAUUUAUAGAGAUGGAGAUAGGCACACCGCAGAUAAAUGAGCAGGAGAAUUCAGUAGACAAGGAUCUGAAAGACUUGAAAGAAGCAGUGAUGCGACCAAACGAGGGAGGGGAUACAACAAAGGGAAAGUUCGAUCCCGAUGUGCACAUCGAUGCUCACUUGCCCGUGAGAGUAAACGAGCAAAGAGUGAGCAAUCUUUUACAGUCAGUGCUGGUGGGAUUGACCCUGUUUGCAGUGCCAGUGAUUAAAAUGAUCCCCAGUUCCAUCCUCUGGGGUUACUUCGGUUACAUGGCUAUAGACAGUCUACCGGGAAACCAAUUCUGGGAGAGGCUGCUACUUCUCUUCAUCCCUCCACGUCGGCUGUUCAAAGUGCUGCAAGGGGUACACGCUUCAUUUGUGGAGUUAGUACCGUACAGGGUGAUAGUGGCGUUUACGCUCUUCAUCAUACACUCAGUUUUUGGUGGACAGCCAUUAUACUUCCUUGUGUGCUACGGCAUGACGUGGAUACCAAUGGCUGGAAUAUUCUUCCCGGUGCUAUUCUUCCUUCUUAUCACCAUCAGACAACACGUCCUCCCCAAGGUAUUCGAACCAGAGUACCUUCAGGUGCUUGACGCUUCUGAGUAUGAAGAAGUUGUCGCAGCACCUCUACGGCAACAUUCCAGCCUCGCCUACCAGAGACUGGGAUCUUCACACCAUACAUUGAGGGAUGAAGAUGAUAUUCAAGACGGGGAGAUAUUGGACGAGAUGACUACAAGCAGGGGUGAACUCAGAAUUCGAACCCUGAGUUUCAAGGAGGUGCAUCCAGAGGAGAGAGAUGCCACUCUCUGAGCCGCUUGUUGUAAUUAGACAGACGAGACCGAAGAUUCAGGAGCCACACACGUAACGUACGUACCUAAACUCCUCUCUCUUUUUCUUUUUCUCAUUCUCGUUUUUUGUAUUAUUUUUUUGUUUAAUUCUGCAUUAAGAAUCUUAAUUGAACGUCUUCUUCUGUAUUAAUGUAACAUGCCCAGAGUGUGUGCUUCCGUUUUAUGCA